GGCGGCGCGAAAAGCAACGCCCCUUUUCUCCCGUGACGUCACGAAAGGACAAAUUGAUUUACCGCGAGGUCAUUCGGCCUCUCUGAGCCGCCGGUUGCAGGGAAGCGGAGGCGCCAUCUUAAGACAUUGACAGACGCAGCUCCGCCAGGACAACAUGUACCCGACCGCUCUCACGCAGCUGGCCCGGGCCAACCCCUUCAGCGCCCCGCUCUUCACCCUCCAGAAAGUCGAGGAACCCAAACAGAGCCUACAUGGACAGAGUCAUCGCAGGCUGGCUGCCGCAUCCGCAGCCGAGGAUGUCAGCUGCGAGUUUGGCUCCUCAAAGUACUAUGCCCUGUGUGGCUUUGGGGGUAUCCUGAGCUGCGGCCUCACACACACAGCAGUGGUACCCCUCGACCUUGUCAAGUGCCGUCUGCAGGUGGACCCAGAGAAGUACAAGAGCAUUGGCAACGGCUUUGCAGUCACAGUGAGGGAAGAUGGUGUCAGAGGCUUGGCCAAGGGCUGGGCUCCCACCUUCAUCGGCUACUCCAUGCAGGGUCUCUGCAAGUUCGGCUUCUAUGAGGUGUUCAAGAUCGUCUACAGUGACCUACUCGGAGAGGAGAACACAUACCUCUGGAGGACAUCAUUGUAUUUGGCUGCGUCUGCUAGCGCAGAGUUCUUCGCCGACGUGGCCCUGGCUCCCAUGGAGGCUUGCAAAGUCCGCAUCCAGACCCAGCCAGGCUACGCCAACACCCUCAGAGAGUGCGCCCCCAAGAUGUUCGGAGAGGAGGGUCUCUGGGCAUUCUACAAAGGUGUGGUGCCCCUGUGGAUGAGGCAGAUCCCCUACACCAUGAUGAAGUUCGCCUGCUUCGAGCGCACUGUGGAGUUGCUGUACAAGUAUGUUGUUCCCAAACCUCGCAGUGAGUGCAGCAAGCCUGAGCAACUGGUGGUCACCUUCGUGGCCGGUUACAUCGCUGGUGUCUUCUGUGCCAUCGUGUCCCACCCUGCUGACUCCGUGGUGUCAGUGCUGAACAAGGAGAAGGGCAGCACCGCUGUGCAGGUGCUCAAGAGGCUUGGACCCAGAGGUGUGUGGAAGGGUCUGAUCGCCCGUAUCAUCAUGAUCGGUACCCUGACUGCCCUGCAGUGGUUCAUCUACGACUCCGUCAAGGUCUACUUCCGCCUGCCCCGCCCCCCUCCCCCCGAGAUGCCCGAGUCCCUCAAGAAGAAGCUCGGCCUCACAGAGUAAAGCCCCUGCCUCCCUCCACCUGGGGACCCCCCCGCCCCGUACCCCUCACCAGGCAGCAGUCUCCAGUCAACACACCUGAACCCCCCGAAAUCUGCAGCACGCACAGCUGUUUCUAUAUUUAUGUUCCUCCAGCUCCUGACGCUCUGUACUGAGCGCAGAGCUGCUGCUCAUGUAUAUUUAAAGAAUGAAAAAGCAAGCAAAGCGGAUGGGCUGUCGCUCUUGGCUCUCCAAGGGUUGUGCAGAAAUUAUUCCUGUGUAGAAACACAAGUCUGGUUUUAUCAAAUUCUGUCAUUAGUUAUGUGGGAAUUCUAAUAAAAAAAACUAUUCCCUGGAAAAAACAGUCUGCUUGUGGGUGUAAUUUGUUGAUGAAGAUGCAGCAGUUAUUGAAAAAGCUGAAUGUUGCUCACCCUAUUUAGGAUUGUGUAGAUCAGAGGUUCCCAAA